UGCAGCACUGCUUUAAAAGUGGCAGGUUGUCUUACUUGUAUCAGCUUUAUUCAGUUUCCAAUAAUGAAAUCUAAUUGUUGUUUUUGUUGAAGUGAGAAUGGAAAAUACAUCUUUUGGGUUCAACUCCGAGCUAACCCUCGACCCAUUCGUUAUUCCACCUGGAGGAAAGUAUCCCAUAUUCUUUCUUGGUCUGAUCAUUUAUCUUUUUGGCAUUUUUUGUAAUCUGACCUUGUUGAGUUUGAUCAUUUUGCAGAAGAACCUUCACAAACCCAUGUAUUUCAUCCUGUUCAGUCUUCCUCUCAAUGAUCUGGUAGGCAUAACUGCAAUGCUGCCAAAAGUGCUGUCAGACAUUGUUACAGAGACAAAUAAGGUUUACUAUCCUCUCUGUGUUUUGCAAGCAUUCUUGCUCCACAUGUAUGGUGGUGGAAUUUUGUUUAUUCUUGCAGCAAUGUCUUUUGAUCGUUAUGCUGCCAUCUGCAUGCCGUUACGCUACAGCACUAUCAUGACCCCCAGAAUCGUUGUCUGUAUCAUCUCUCUAGUUUGGGGUCUUGACUUUGUCUUGAUUGUGUCAUUGUUCUCUUUGCAGACAAGACUUCCCAGGUGCAAAUCUGUUAUUAUGAAUGUGUUCUGUGAUAACCCAUCUCUACUGAAGCUCACGUGUGGAAACAGGGCAGUCAAUAAUAUCAUAGGAUUAUUUAACACAGCUGUCAUGCAGGCUGUAAGUGUGUCUCUUCAGGCCUUUUCCUAUGUGAAGAUUCUGAUCACGUGUCUGGUUUCAAGGAGGUCCGAGGCAAAAACAAAAGCUAUCAACACGUGUGUUGCACAGCUGGUUAUAUUAAUCAUAUUUGAGAUUGUGGGAACUUUUACAAUUUUAUCUCACAGGUUCACAAAUGUGUCAGCUGACUUGCAAAAGAUAAUGGGCAUGCUGAUAUUUCUCGUACCUCCACUCCUGAAUCCAAUUGUAUACGGGCUGUAUACAAGUGAAAUACGAAACACUAUGCUGAGAGUCAUAAAAAAAAGAGUGUCCAACUAAAUCUUUACACAAGGCUGUCAGCAGCAUUGAAUCUUAUCAACGAUAACACUGUGCUAUCUCAGCAGCUCUGUGAUACAAUAAACAACUUAAAGUAUGCAUGAACACAAA